AUGGAAGUUGACUCGGAGGCCACAGAUCAAGUGCAUCAACGUCAGCUUCGGAAUAGAAAACGACUGCGCAGCCGGCGCUUACAUCCUCCUGGACAUCAGGCUGACUCGGAGGAACCGAGCCGACUGCGUCAAUCGUGUGGCUCUUUAGCCUCUGAUAGGAUUCAGAUCACGAAUAGGACAAAUGGCACAAUGAAAGAAAUUGGACCAACUGACAACGGGCCUGAUAGUCGCUUAGAGCCCGAAAAUUCCGUGGCCCUAGGAAAUGGACUCGAGUGUAUGGAGAUAGAAUUAGACGAAUCAACUAGGAGAGCUGACCGCUCUUGUUUAACUCGAACGGCAUCCGAGGGUGACACAUCAUCUGGAGUUUCUAUGAAGAUGCCCCAUAUCAGCGCACCUGAGACUAACGACGGCUCUAUAGACGCUGCAGAGAUGCGUUGCCUCCUUAGGCAGGUUCAGUUUGGUCGCAGUUUGGUUGGUCUUGUGAAGCAGGUGCGCUCGAAAACGGGUGGCUUGUCGCUAGAGACUGAACCUAAAUGCGAUGCUUGCAUCACAAAUAUUGGAUUUCAGGCACAAAAUCUUGAUCAGAUGACGGUUAUUGAUGGAGCACAUAAUUUGCCUGCGACGCCUGCAUUAGAACAAGGUCUUUACGCCCUUGAUCAGUCCUUCGCUGAUCGCAAGUUUGUUGAAGCUCAGACGUUAGGUCAUUUCCUUCUUUACCAUAUACCACCUUGGCGUUUGGCUCGACUUGAAGCUCAGCUUGAAUCUGCCUGGCGGGCUCGCCUUGAUCGCCAGUUGUAUCCUGAGGGCGGUAGUACUGGCCUGGGCGGUCCUCCAGCCAGUGGAGGUGCAAGUGGAAGUGGCCCUGCCAGUGGGAAUGGGACCCUGGGAUUUGAUGGUACCGGUGGAGAUGACGGCAACAGUGGUGCUGCAAGUAGCGACUCGACAGGUAUUACUGCCGGAGGUGGAAGUGCGGCUGGAGAGGCGGGCUCAGUACGUCUAAGAUGCAGUGAUGGAUUGGAUGGAUGUGGCAGUGGAAAUGAAGAACUCGGACUUCGGUCAUUGUAUGGCCAGCAUCCGUCGUCUAGACGGAAUUGUUCAGCGAUUUUGGCUACCAAUCUAGCUUCAUCUGGUGUCUCUUCUCCUUCCUCCUCAUCCACUUCUUCCUCAUCUUCUUCUGGUUCCUCUAGCACAAUCCGUGAAUGGGGUAGCUCGCGAGAUAAAAUUGACUCUACUGGAGCCCACGGAUCAGUCCUUGUCCUCGAGAACCCACUUGGCGGAUCUGGGCGCCGCGUUAUAGUGGAUGGGGGUGUUGUAGUGGCUAGCUUAAUUUCGCAUGAUAGAUCAACAGGAAGACAAGCUGAAUCGAGAGUGAAUUCAGUUUAA